AUGGCUCCACCAAUUAGGUCGUCCACUGCCCCCUACAGCCUAGGUCCAAAAACUAGCCCCAUGUCCCCGGUCGUCAUCACCUGUGACCCUAGGCUCUCCCUGAGCCCUUACAUCCUCAAGGUCGCUUGCAGCUUGGAUGACAUCGCUUCCCUCCACCGGUCAUCCGCCGUCCCCCGGGUAAAUGAUAUGGAAACAGCAGCCCCUCGCCCCGCUCUUGCAACGUGGGGUUCAUUCAUCAUUGCAAAAGCUCGAUUUCUGCAAGUUUUGUAUGUAGAUCCUUUCCGAGCUCUUGUGCCCUCAAUGGGGUCACACAUUAACGAGUGCGAGGACCCACGGACAUACCCAUGUCGUGGAAGGUGUGAGAAUCUGCCCGGGAGCUACACAUGUGAGGACGUUGAUAAUCGUCGCAUUAUAGCUAUUGUCGUCUCGGCCACAUUGAAGUGGAGAAUUAGAAAGAUAAACUUCAAACGAAAUGGAGGAAAGCACUUGAAACGUCAGGGAGUUAAAAUCUUUACAGAGGCAGAGUUGGCAAAAACAACCGACAGCUAUGAUGAAAGCAAGAAGCUGGGCGAGGGUGGUUUUGGUUCCGUUUAUAGAGGGAGAGUAGUAGUGGAUGUCGAGAUCGUGGUCAAGAAAGCCAAAGAUGUCCACAAGCCUCUAAUGAAGAACGGAUUCCAAGAUGUACUCAAAAUUGUGACGCAAACAAAACACAAGAAAGUGGUGAGGCUCUAUGGCAUAUGUUUAGAAACUAGGAUACCCUUACUAGUUUAUGAAUACAUUUCGAAUGGUACCCUCUUCGAACAUAUCCAUCUGAAUAUGUCAACCAUCUUGAGAUCAUGGGAAAACCGACUCAGAAUAGCCGCAAAAGCUACAUUUGUGCUCAAGGAAAUGCAUUCCAGCGAAAUCAUUCACGGCAACAAUAAGUCGGUAAAUAUACUUCCAGAUCAAAACUGCUCGGUGAAAGUAUCUGAUUUUGGAACUUCAGCACUUAUAUCACCGGAGCAUAUCGUAGCCACCGAAAUAGAAGGGACAUUGGGCUAUAUCGAUCCAGAGUAUUUAACCACUGGUAAGCUGACAAUCAAGAGUGACGUAUACAGCUUUGGAGUUGUCCUUGUGGAGUUACUCACCAAAAGGAAACCUGCAAGUUCUGUUGCUGAUAAGUCUGGAGAGCCAAUCAAUAUCAUCCCUUAUUUCAUCUCUUCUGUGAAGGACAAGUCCAUCUCUGGUGUCAUAAAUUUUGAGGCUGCUAGUGAAGAUGAAAUCAAGCAAGUAUAA